CUCUUCUUCUUCCUUCCUUACCUUCCAUAACUUAUCUUAUAAAAGCUAGCUUCACAUGUCUUCUCUUUGCUUCCUCUAUCAGCUUCUUAGGGAAUUAAAGGGUUUCACCCACAUUAAUGGCUUUGCCUUGUGACUUUCUAUCCAUUCCCAAAACUUUCAUCUCCAUCUUCAUCUUCAUCGUUUUUAUGGGUGCUAGGGUUAUGGAGAGUACAAGGUCAUUCACCAUUGUAAAUUCAUGCAAGGAUACAAUAUGGCCAGCCAUUACUCCCGGAGGAAACAUGAGUGGUGGUGGAUUUUCCUUGAAGGGUGGCGAAUCCGUGGUCUACACGAUACCCGACUCAUGGACCGGUCGGAUAUGGGCACGAACAGGCUGCGACUUCGAUAAGGACGGGAACGGGAAGUGUCGGACCGGUGGUUGCGGAGAAGUGCUGAACUGCACGGGUCCCGGAAGUCGUCCUUCCACCCUAGCAGACUUCACCCUUGGCUCUAUAGAUUAUUAUGAUGUCAGUGUUGUGGAUGGCUUCAAUCUUCCCGUAGCGAUACAGCCAUCGGGGGGGAAAGGAAACUGCAGCUCGGCUGGGUGCGAUGGAGACUUGAGAGACAACUGCCCACCGGAGCUGGCGGUGAAGGACGACCGUGGGAAGGUGGUGGCGUGUCGGAGCGCUUGUGACGUGUUCCACACCGGGGAGUACUGUUGCACUGGGCAGUUCGAUAACCCAAUGACAUGCUUACCAACUAAUUAUUCAAGGAGUUUCAAGCAAGUUUGCCCUGGUGCUUAUAGUUUUGGAUAUGAUGAUCCUACAAGCAUUUUAACUUGUUCUUCAGCUGACUAUGUUGUUGCCUUUUGUGCAACAAGGAAUCAAAAGGUGUGCUCUUAUCAUGACAAGAAGCUAACAUGCAAUGUGGACAGCUCAAAGGCAUCAACAUUAGUAACAAUCUCCCAAAGAUGGCAAAACUUGAUGAUCUUCACAUUUCUCUUCAUCUUAAAAUUUGGAAUUUUGUUUUAGCAUGCUUGUUUAUAUAUUUACCAAAUUUAUUAAUUUUCAAUUUUCAAUUCUUUUUGUUUUGUUUUUCAAUUUUAGGUAAUGUUUUUGAAGGACUAAUUAAGAUUAGAAUGAGAUACUUAGCUUCAAGAUUAGAAUAUCGAUAGUAUAUUUCUUAUAUCUAUUUGUUUUCAUAAAUUUAUACAUUAAGUCUUCAAUUAUAUACGUCAG